UGUACGCGGAUUGGGCUGCGACAAUACGCGGAACAAAAGUGUUUCUCGGUGGCUCAGUAAAGAGCGAAUUCAUUAACCGGUUGGUUUGCUGAUGUUAAAGCGACGAACCUCUGCUUGCCCCCUGGACGAAGCAGAGACACAAAGUGCGUGUGCGUGUGUGUGUGUGCGCGUAGCGAAAGCUUUUUCGUCAGUGAGUUGUUGACAUACAAAUUAAGCAAAAACUAACAGGUAUUUCACGUUGAAAAACAAGAAAAACACACAAACGGUGAGAGGAUCCAAAUAUAGGCUGCUUCGUCUCGAGCGAGCAAAAAAUAAAGGGAAGGUGCGUAGAUUUGUUCGCGGAGUUCGAUGUAUGUGGUAGCAGGCUACGACUUGCCAACAUCACCACCGUUGCUGACCGGCAAUAGCAGCUAUGCUCUCGACGAAGAAGUUGUUUACCGAGCACUUGCUGACGCUGGUGCUCACCCUCAGUCUGCUGCGAAUCGAUCCGGAAAACUACCUCGAUCUGCAAUGGGGCGGACGAUUGGUGCGGGUAGGAGAUGCGGGCGGCUGGCAGUUGGAGCUGUUGGCCGCCGGUCCGGACUAUUCCAACCAGUCGUACGUGAAUCGUAAGUUUUUGCCACCCAUCAUCGAGGAUUUGUCACGGUUCGAGCAACCCUUCAUCGAGCAGAACCAUCGCGGACUGCAGACGUACCUGCUGAACGUGCUAGACUCCAACGAUGACAGCACAUCGGCCGGUACGAUCGCGGAGGAACGACCAUCAUCGCCGGUGCCUUCUGUUGCGUCCGGUGGGGGUGGGACGGUACUGCCCGCUGCCCACAAUGCCACAAUGAACGCUCUGGCCAACUUCGACGUGGAUGCAGAAGAUAUCUUCCUGAGUACGAAUCUGUUCGAGGAAACAACUUCUGUGUUCGAGCAGAAUAUGGCCGAUCUGAGCGAGUAUGAUACGAUAUUGUUGGAGAAUCCGAUGGUAAAGUUUGACGCUGCUGCUAGCAUGCCCGAUCUAGAGGGUACCAUAAUGAGGGCAAGAUCAUUAAUGAACUCCGCCAACGAGCAGCAAGCGACCAAACGGUUGCAAGUGAAGGAAGAGGAGGAAGAGGAGGCCAAGGCUACGACCAGCACUUCGAUGCACGGAGAUACGAAAGGAAUGGAGGCAACCAGGUCCAACAAGACACGUGCGUACGACGAAGAAGACGAUGAUGAUGACGAUCUGGAGGAUGGACAGGAUAAUAAGGCAGCUAUUCAGCGGCAGAUUAAGGAGCAAGUGAACACGCAGCAAAAGCAUCUAGUAAGCACGGAUCUGGAUAUUGCCGAGGUGACAGUGAAAAAGGAGUCCGAUUUAGCCAAUGAUACGACGGUUGCACCGCCUGCUGCGUCGCAGGAUCUUACACAGGAGGAAAUGGAUCUAAUCGAAGUCCUCUGGAAGCAGGAUGUCGAUCUUGGGUUUACGCUCAGCAAUGCAGCUCUUUCUUCCGCCCCGGAAGGCACCAGCACAUCGGCAACGGAGGGCGCAUCUGCCACCAACAUCAAAUGCGAUACUGAGGACGAUUUGGAAAAGCUGAAGGUGUUGCUUGAGAUAAAAAAUGAUAAGAAUGCCGACUAUGAAAAGAAUCCCGAGGCUUCGGAUGAAAGCAGCCUGGUGGAUCCUUGGGCAGGACUAUCGUACACAAUCGACACGGAAACAGGCGAGUACGUUUUGAACAGUUCGGACAUAGAUAACAGUCUGCCACCACCGUUGGCAGACUUGUUUCUGGAGGAAGGCUUAACGCUACCGGAUCUCGGCGAAACAGUGGUGGACACAAUCGACGAAGUGAAGUUGGACGACAGCGAAAACGCUAGCAGCGAGAAUCACGAAGAGCAGGAAAUAGCCGAGGUGCAGCGCAUCGAGCGUGAACUGCAGCAGGUGUCGGUGGAUGAGAUUUGUCUAGGUGGCGCUUCCGGUUCGACGAACGCCGCCGAGCACGGCAAUUGUGACGAUACCGGCGAGAACCUCGGCACGGUCAACGAAACGGUCGCGGACACGGCAACGUCCGACGAAGGUCUUGACGAAGUCGCACCGGUGACCGAUGAUCUAGAGGAUCUGCUUUGCGACAUGAUGAUACAAACGUCGUCCCACUUUCAGCACACGCGCCAGAACACACAAGGCUACGGCCAUGGCGCUAUGAGCAGCUUCCGGCAAACAACGACGGGGGGAUCUGGUUACCAUCACCAUCAUCACCACCAUCACCAUCAUCAUCAGUCUCGUGUACCGUUGAGUCGAGCAGUUUCGAUGGAACAGCGCUGGCAGGAUUUGGCCAAUCUGCUUAGUUUUCCACCCGGCAUGGGAGUAGGCAUGGGUGUUGCCGAUAUGCCACCGUCCCAUCCGUCGCAUGCGCACUACCCAUCGCACUAUCCAUCGUAUCAGCCGAGCGGUGCGAUCGCGGGUCCGCAGCAUGGUCAAUAUCACCAUCCGUCGCACGCAGCCGUCCUGCAGAAUGCAUCGCUGGCCGAUAUUUCACCGGCCCAGCCACAUUACGGUGCAAACCUUGGUUCGGCCGUCGCCACCAGCAUGCACCUUACCAACUCGACGUCCGAAACGGAUGCCGGCACGUCCGGGUACAAGAUGGAUCCCGAGAUGAUGUACUACUCGAACACAUCGUCGGAAAUGAAUCACACCGAUGGCUUUUUGAAUUCCAUUCUGAACGACGACGAUUUGCAGCUGAUGGAUAUCGCCGUCAACGAAGGUAUGUACACCAUGCGAAUGCUAGAGCACAAUGGAACCGCCGGCAACAAUGCGUCGGGAAUGCUGGGUGUAUCCGCCGGCGGUGCUUCGAAUCUGGUGAAUCAUGGUGCCCAUCCGCACCAUCAUCUGUCGCUUAUGUCGUCCGCUAGCGCUACCGGUACCGUGGGUGCCGGUAAUCUACACAAUGCCAUGAAUGUCAGUGCACUAGUCAACGGAUCGUCCUCGUCGUCCGCGUCAUCCGGCGCAUCGUCAGGUAUCGCCGGCAGUGGUGGUGCAACCGGCGGCGGGGCCGGUGCAUUGACCGGUUCCGGCACACCGGGCGAUCGGCUGGACGCGUCCAGUGACAGUGCGGUCAGUUCGAUGGGUUCGGAACGGGUCCCGUCGCUAUCGGACGGUGAAUGGGGCGACGGUGGCAGUGACAGCGCGCAGGAGUACCACAAUGGCAAGUACGGUGGACCGUACGAUUACAGCUACAACCAAACGAACGGCGGUGGCCCACCGAGCCGGAUGGGUGAACACGGCACACGGCAGGCACCGCCCGUAGCGCAGAAGAAGCAUCACAUGUUUGCGAAGCGUUACUUCCAGGAGCAAAACACAACCACGGUACCGUCGAUCCAUCCUUCACCGAAUGGGCCGGGCGUUGCGGCGGGUCCGAAUGCGGCGGCGGCAGGUUCAGCUACGGGGCUUGAUGGUAGUGCGCCUGGUGCGGGCGGUGGAGGUGGUGGUGGAGCCGCUGGGGGCGUUUUGUUGCCUACGGCGAUCAAAUACGAGUACGACUACAUGAACGUGGUGGGACCGACAGCGGCAACGAUCGGUGGCCCACUGGACGGGGCAGCAAAGCAGGAAGAUCAUCAAUCGCAUCUGCAGUCGCAUCAUCACAAUGGCAGCCACCACGAGUCAUCGGCGGCCGCAGCGGCUGCAGUCGCCCUUACCGACAUGAAGUAUCCGUACGGGCUCGAUUUCCCGCGCAGCCAUCACGCAUCGACGAUGGGCCGGACGCUGCAGCCCCAGGAUAUGAUUCAUCACAACCACACGUACACGCUGCCGUUCGCAACGCCGAACGGUGGGACGGCCCACCAAGGCCCGAAACCGCAAACGCGCGACAAAACACGAUCACUGCAUAGUCGCAAGGCGGAGGAAGAGCAUCUAACGCGCGACGAGAAGCGUGCUCGUGCGCUGCAGAUACCGAUCCCGGUGCACGACAUCAUCAAUCUGCCGAUGGACGAGUUUAACGAGCGGCUCUCCAAGUACGAUCUGAGCGAAACGCAACUUUCCCUCAUCCGGGACAUUCGAAGGAGGGGUAAGAACAAGGUGGCGGCCCAGAACUGUCGCAAGCGCAAGCUCGACCAGAUCGUCUCGCUGGCGGAUGAGGUGAAGGACAUGAAGAUGCGCAAGGAGCGGUUGAUGCGCGACCGGGAGAUGGUACUUUCCGAGCACAAAAAGAUCCGGGACAAAUUUUCCAUGCUGUAUCGGCACGUUUUUCAGAACCUCCGUGACGCUGACGGUAAUCCUUACUCGCAGGAACAUUACAGCCUUCAGCAAAGUGCCGACGGUGCCGUGGUGCUUGUGCCGCGCAAUUCCGAACGCCCGAAUGGUGGCCCAAAUCAUCUUAACUCGGCCACGAACGGUACCGCAAACGGUGGUUUACAUCCAUCGCUACACCACUCGCUAACGUCGUCGGGCGGUCACGGGGCACACCAUCACGGCCAUCACCAUCAUCACCAUCCAAAUUUGCAUCAACAUCUGCAACAUCACGGGCUGCUCGGAGGUUCGUCUUCGAUGGUCGGUGGUGGCGGUACGAUGAGCGGCAGUAUGUCCGCCAGCAGCACCAACGGCAAUAACAGCAGUAGUAGUGGUGGUAGUGGAACUGGUAGCGUAUCGGCAGGAAGUAGUAUGAAUGGUACGGCGGCAUCAACUGCUGCCGCUGUUGUGCAUCAGCGCACGAAGGAGUAGUGUCUUCUCCUUCCGCCCGGGGCGUUGGAGAGAUGUGCUACUUCAAUUGGUUUGAUUGCUUGCUUUUGCCCGCCCGGAAGUGAUGCACAGUGCGGGAAUUAAGGAGCAGGGAUGGGUUUGCUUUUCUCUCUCCCUCUCUUUUACGCGGAAUCCUGUGAGGAUGAUCCUAUGCCAAGGAAGGUCGACAAGGUGGAGUUUUGGUAGACAAUUUCGAACCUACAGUAGUAACCACGCGUGUAUCAUGUCGUACACUGGGCCGGGGUCGUACACUGGGUUUUAACGCUAAAAAACAACUAAUCCCGGCCCAGAUCUUCACCUUAUCAGUCUGUGCUGUGCAGGAUAGAGAGAUGGUUCUGAUUCUGUUUUAAAGAAGACACGGCAUUUACAUCGUUGAUCGAUGGAAGAUGGAAAGAGACAGCGGUUACACCCAAAAACGAUACAUUUAAAUGUAGUGCACGCACUAUUUUUUUUCGCAUGUGUCUCUUUCAAAGGAUGCAAAGAAAAUGACUUCUAGUGGAUGUGGGGAUAUGUAUAAUUUUCACAUCACUAUUAGCCAUAUUAGCUAGCGCAAAAAAGGAGCAUGGAUACUUUCAAUACCUUGGAAGUGCUUCUGCGUCCCCGGUUUACAUCAGGUUAAAUAAAUCUGAUGGGCCACACAGAACAACAGCAACGGGGUUGGUGCUAACAAUAGCGUACUGAAAAACAAAGCAAUGGUUAAAUGUUUUUGUUGUUACGCGUACGCGAACACUUGGACGCAGAAAGAAGAAACAAAACGGCUGCUACUACACGGUUCUCCCGUAAGCCUAUUUAUCAUCACGUUAUUAAUGUUAUUAACAAUGUAUCGCUAUUUAUCAGCUUGUCAAAACUUGUACAUACAUUCCCCGUCUAUUCCGCCGAUGCACCGAAACAUUGAUUUGGAGUUCCUUCUGUCUAUUUUCUGUCUAUCCCUCCCAAAACAAACAAGAAACUUUAUCGAGUUGAUCUCAAGGGUCAACACAUUGGUACAUUCGGCACAACAACAACAGAAAAAGGGAGAUAGAGUUGUACAUUGUAGGAUUUUGGUUUACGAAACGGGGUUAGACUGAAACAAAAUAAUCUAAAGAAAAGUUUAAAAACCAGUAAGAAUGGCCCUCAGUACAAUCGCUGUGGUAACGGUGCUUUAUACUAUGCUUACGAUCUCGUAACGAAUCGUAACGCAGCGCGAAAUGAUGAGUGCUUGAUAUUGGCAGGGCAGGAGUCUGUACCACCGCUAUUUGCUUAGCAGCAAAUUAUAAGCAUAACAAGCUCAAAACAAUUCGUGUGCAUACGUGCACAACUGGAAGCGUUGUUGUCGUGUUGGCAAUGUGCAAUGUGCAAAGUGCUGCUGCUACUGCUACGGGCACUAGCUCUAUUUUAAGAAUCCUUUUUCCUCCUAACCGUUAGUUAGCCUACUAGAACUAACGCUACUGCAACUACUACCUUUUUUUGAUGCUGUUUUGCUGUAUCGGUACCGAACACAGAUGUGAUGGAUAGUUUUGUUUUCCCAUGUUUUUUUUAUUAUUAUUAUUAUUAUAACUUGUAGGACUAGUUUAACGUAUUUUGUAAAUAUACAACUAUAGAUUAACAUACGGUGCAGUAAGUCAAUACAAAAAAAAAAACACUUAGCUUUCCAAUACAGUAGUAGCAGUAAGAUAACUAUUUGGGAGGAAAGCAUACAGUAUGCAAAUUGCAAGGGGGAGAAAAACGAACGACAAGGGGUUAUAAAAUAUCAAAAGAAAAUUGUAAAAUAAAAAAAAAACAACACAGACACAAAAGAAGAAAAUAGCUGCAACAGAGCAUACGAAAGUUGCUAUUUACUAAAUGCGGUGGGG